GGUCAAGAAGGCGUGCAUUACAGAAAGCACGAUGACCGGACCAUGUGGAGCGUUAAUUGGCGAGCAUUGGGCGUGACCGAGAAUGGAGAGCGGCAACUACGAACCGUGUCUUAUGGAGAAAUAUUAUUGAUUCAGUUUUAUCUUGAAUUUGAUGUAUGUAAUACCUACUAAAUAAAUGAAAUGUGCAUUUUGCACCCUUCUCUCCACAAAUUCGUCAUUGGCAUUGACUCACCGGUCUGCCGACGAUACAUUGACUAGAUCAAUGACACCACCGACAAGCUCCAGACAACAACAAAGGAAACUUCCAGGCGAUAGUUUCUAGAUUACACGGUAAUCCCAAUCGGAAACGCUUCCUAUUUGUACCGCGGCGAUUUAAAAUUAGAAAUUGAGCUAUAAUAGCUGUAGAACUGGAAGAUAACCUUGACGAUACAGUUCAAGCGAACGAAAGUAAACAACACUACACUAUCUUCGGCAAGGUGAGGUAAACAUGACCAUGCACGCGGGCCAGAGUUUGCCCUUCAUCGGUUAUGCUUAUCUCAAUCAGUUUUGAUAAACAUAUUCACUCAUGCAGCUCAACCCUAUAUAAGCAACUUCGGACGGGCCGGAGUAAUCGCAAGUGCAAACAGAAACAGUAGAUCACUCAGGAUGUUACGAGUAGUGUUCAUAGCGGUCGCUUUCGCGGCCCUUCUCGGAGUCCGGGCGGAUAUAUUUGAGGACACGUUUGAUUUGAGUAGUGAGGAAUCGAUUGCCAAUUCGAUGAACGUUGCGUUCGGUGAAUACAGAAGUGAGCUGGGGCCAUUGCUGGAAGGCCCUGUGGAUGACUCCCUGGAAUCCAGAAUCGCUGUGCCCUGUGCUAGCAGAGAUCAGCCCAACUUUGAGACCUUCUACGAUGAUCGUAAUUCGUGGAAAGAAUUGGAGUUCUCAUCUUCAUUGACCAUUAUUGUUCACGGAUGGUUGCACAACUCGGAGGAAGUUUGGAUUCGCCAAACGGCACAUGAACUGAUGAAAAUACAUGAUACUACCAUUUGUCUUGUGGAUUGGAAUUACCGUGCACGGUACAAUUACCGCCAAGCCGCAGAGGAGCAUACGCCGUUUGUUGCCGACUUCCUAACGAGGUUUAUCCUGUAUUCAAACGAAGUGGGUGUACCACUGGAAAAGGUCACCCUAAUCGGUCAUAACUUGGGCGCUCACAUUUGCGGACAGUCCGGUCACAACCUUGGUGGAAGAAUUGGUGCAAUCUAUGGUUUGGACCCGUUGGGACCAUUGUUCGAAUAUCCGAAGGACCACGGAUUGGAAAUGCGCCUGGACCUAAGCGAUGCCAAGUAUGUUCAGGUCAUCAUCACGUCCAGACAUGAGUUGGGCUUGGUAAACGGUGAAGGCCACGAGAACUUCUACCCGAAUGGUGGUGAAUCUGCUGCAAACUGUCCUUUGCCGGAUACGGACUCUAAGGAACUGACGGUUCGCAUAGCUUGCAGCGAGUGGGAAUCUACGGAAUACUUCAAGCGCUCGCUGAAUCCGAACAACCCCUACGAAGGAAAACAGUGCUCAGAUUGGCCGUCGUACCUGGCUCAUCGUUGCGAUUUCAACAGAUCCAACAAGCUGGGUAUUUACAGCCACAGAAUCGGUGGAGACUUCUAUUUGAAUGCGGAGCCCAUUCUUCCAAACUACCCGGCGUUCAGUAGCCAUGCUCAUUAGCUGUUUUGGAUAAGUUGGUUAGUAAUUAAGGUGACUGCAGUUAUCAGUAUUACUGGUGGUGGAGGAUGUAAGUUAUUUAAUAGUAGGCUCUAUUUAUUACUGAUCACAAUAAAAUAACACUAAAAUUA